AUGACUACCACUGCCAAACUUUCUGACAACAUUACUGACAAAGGCGGGGAGUUUCAAAGAAAGCCUUCUACUUUUCGUAAUACAAUCAGUAAAGAUUCGGAUGCGGUCUUUACUCCUGAAAGGGAUCGUUAUCAUUUGUAUGUUAGUUGGGCUUGUCCAUGGGCUCAUAGAACUAUCAUCGUACGAGCAUUGAAAGGGCUUGAAGACAUUAUUGGAUUGAGUGUUGUUGAUUAUUUUAUGGGAGAGAGAGGAUGGAAAUUUAGUACUCCCGAGGAAACUCCUGGGUGCAUUCCAGACACUGUAAAUAAUGCUCAGUAUCUUAGCGAAUUAUAUUUCAAAGCUAAUCCUGAUUAUGAUGGAAGAAUAAGUUUAGUUAAAAAUAACUUGACCUUUGCUAUUAUAGUUAACAAUGAAUCGAGCGAGAUAAUCCGCAUUUUUAAUGAUGCGUUCGAUGAUUUUGUUCCAGAAACAAGGGGCAAAACUUUUUAUCCAAAACAUCUUGCAAACGAAAUUGACAAAAUAAAUGAUUGGAUUUAUAACAAAAUUAACACUGGUGUUUAUAAAUGUGGAUUUGCUACAACUCAAGAUGCUUAUAUGAAUAAUAUUGGACCCCUAUUCGAAGCUCUGGAUGAUGUAGAAGCCAUUCUUUCCAAAAAUGAAUUUCUUGUCGGAAAUACUUUUACUGAAGCCGAUAUCAGACUUUUGACCACUGUUAUUAG